CCGUCACAACUGAAAAAUAAAAAUUUCUCGAAUUCUCAAAGUGUAGAAGGAAAAACCUCCUCAGUUCCCAUCCCUUCGUUUCACAAUUCACAAAUCAAUUUUGAAACCCUAAAUCCCUUUCUCUCUCUCGAAUACCCUAGACCGGGAUGGCCGCUGAGAAGAAGAUGAUCACCCUGAAGAGCUCGGACGGCGAGGCGUUCGAGGUCGAUGAGGCGGUUGCUAUGGAGUCACAGACCAUCAAGCACUUGGUGGAGGACUGCGCCGACAAUGCGAUCCCUCUCCCCAACGUGACCAGCCACAUCCUCGCCAAGAUCAUCGAGUACUGCCGGAAGCAUGUCGAGGGUCGCAAAGACGGCGACAGCACCGACCUCGGCAAGAGCGGCGAUGAGACUCUCAAGAAGUUUGACGAGGACUUCGUCAACGAGAUAAAAGCUGAUCAGAAUGUCCUCUUUGAUCUGAUUUUAGCUGCGAACUAUCUAAACAUCAAGAGCCUGCUGGAUCUGACCUGCCAGACUGUGGCUGACAUGAUCAAGGGAAAGACACCUGAAGAGAUCCGCAAGACUUUCAAUAUCAAGAAUGAUUUCACCCCUGAGGAGGAAGAAGAGGUUCGCAGGGAGAACCAGUGGGCAUUCGAGUAAGCAGAAGGGCCUUCUCCAAAAUGUUGAUAGUAUGAUAGGGAUGUCGAUAUAGUUAGAGCGUUCAUAUUUUGCUUUUAGGGGGGUUUUUGGAAGGAGAGCUAAGUUUUAUGGCUACUUGUAAUUGAAGCGAUUUUUUGUUUAGUGAUGCUCAAGUCUUGUCAAGAUUUCUGCAGACCCCUUUUAUUAUCUUAAAACGUAACGAUUUUAGUAGUUUCUUCAUGUUAUCCAAUCUUACACAAGAAA